CUACCAACAUAAUUUAUUAUCAUCUCUAUGAAUGGCUUUGUAUAUAAGGCUUCAUUAAAGAACAGGCUUGUGUGUAAACUCCCAAAUGCAAUGUGACGUUAUUUAUCUUGAUUUAAUGUAUUUCUCGCCUAGUUUUAUGGACGAUGCAGGUUAACAUACAUUACUACCUCCUAAUCGGAAAACGGGAAAAGGUAAAUUACUGACUACAGUGAAAAUCAGUUACUGCCUCCAGCACGUUAAACGGUAUGCUUUCUUUGAGGGGCUGGCUUUAAUUCUGACGUCAUAUUUCUGCGCUCUGUUGUCCACAUUUGAUGCUGAAAGAAACAGCGAAUGAUGCUGUUCCCUACGAGCUUGACCGAGGAAGAGGAAUCGCUUCAGAAAAAAUAUGCGAAGUUAAAGAAGAAGAAGAAAGCACUGAUGGCUCUAAAGAAGCAGAGUUCAACAGGCCAGACCACCCAAGGAGGACUGAAGAGAACACUAUCUGACCAGCCUGUUGUGGACACAGCAACAGCUACAGAACAAGCUAAAAUGUUAAUAAAGUCUGGAGCAAUCAGUGCGAUAAAAGCAGAAAACAAGAAUUCAGGAUUCAAGCGCUCUCGGACACUUGAAGGAAAACUGAAGGACCCAGAAAAAGGCCCAACGCCUACUUUUCAGCCUUUUCAACGAAGUGUAUCUGCAGACAGUGACAGCACAGAGUCUUCAAAGAGGACACAGAGGAAGAUGCUUUAUGAAAGCUUUGUCAGCUCAGGGGAUCGUACUCGUGAACCAGAAAAAGAGUCUGGAGGAAGCCCAUCAUGGGAAGCCACUGAUCGUGACAAAGAAGCAGACAGAGACCGGGACAGAGAACGGGAACGAGACCGGGAACGAGAUCGAGAUAGAGAUCGUGAUCGUGACAGCAUUGGAGGAUUCCGCAACCAUGAUAGAGACUGGGAGAGAGACCGAGAUCGAGGAAGAAGAGAAAGGGACAGGGAUCGGGAACGUGACCGGGAACGUGAUCGAGAUCAGGACAGAGAUAGGGAAAGGGAUCAACCAUUUAGACGCUCAGAUUCGUUUCCAGACCGUCGACCACCUCGAAAGGGAAACACGCUGUAUGUACAUGGAACAGGAAUGAGUGAGGAGAGUCUCCGUAGUGCCUUCUCAGCACACGGAAACAUCAUUGAUUUGUCAAUGGAUUCACCAAGGAAUUGUGCAUUCAUUACGUUUGAAAAAAUGGAGUCAGCUGACCAAGCAGUGGCAGAGCUUAAUGGCACAGUGGUCGGAGAUGUGAACGUGAGAGUCAGCAUUGCACGAAAACAACCUAUGCUAGAGGCAGCCACUGGGAAAUCUCUGUGGGGUUCCUUGGGUAUGAUAUAUAGUGCAAAAGGCUCACACAGAGACAAAGACACCAGGUUGUGUACACUGAUGAUUUCUGAGAUUUUUCUUUUUUUUGGAAAAUAUUUUGAAUGUUCAGUUGCUAUUCUUACUGAGCUUUUUCACAGCCCACUCAUAUGUUUACACCAUAACCUUCUGGCUUUUUAUAUAUGUAAGGUUCUGUGUGUAAAGUUGAAAAAGUAUUUUUUUACUUCAAGAACCAUGUGUUAAAUUACUUUACACCCAAAAAUAAUUAUUUUUUCAAAUGUAUCUUCAUCAUUGUAAAUGUGCUAGUCCUUAUAAAAUAAAAAAAAUAAAAAAGA